AUGACUGAAUCAAUUUCUUCCUUGACUGAGCAAUGGCUCCAGUGGGACCAGGAUCCUACAACUCGCGCAGAGAUAGAGCAACUGCGGGACUCUAAUGCCACAGAGGAGUUGGAAAAGCGCCUUCGAAACCGCAUUGAGUUUGGAACGGCUGGUCUGCGAGGCCGCAUGGCAGCCGGGUUCUCUUGCAUGAACUCCUUGAUAGUCAUUCAAGCCUCACAGGGUCUGGCCAAGUUCAUCCGAGACAAACGCUCUGAUAUCGCAUCGAAGGGUGUGGUUAUUGGACACGAUGCGCGUCACAAUUCUGCGAAGUUCGCUGCACUCGCUGCUAACGCUUUCAUCGCGCAACAAAUUCCUGUGUGGUUCUUUGAUGAGGAAGGCCCGACUCCAAUGGUAGCAUUUGGAGUGAAUUAUUUCGGUGCUGCUGCAGGUGUCAUGGUGACAGCGAGCCACAAUCCACCCCAGGACAAUGGUUACAAAGUCUAUUCGAGCAAUGGCGCUCAGAUCAACCGGCCCGAGGAUGGAGAAAUUGCGCAGUCCAUACAAGAGAACCUUGAGCCGUGGCCAACUGCAUGGGCGGAGUUGCAGCCGAGUGAAUACUUGCGCGCUGACUCUUACCAGAAACUGCUACCUCACUACAGCAAUCAAGUCGCAACAUACAUGAAAUCAACCGUGGAAAAUUGGCAACCCCCAAGACCGCUCGUGUAUACACCCCUGCAUGGAGUGGGAGGCUUGGUUCUUCCAACUCUGUGCCGCUCGCUUGGAAUCAACGACUUUCAUUCCCCAACCCAGAGGAAGCCGGAGCAUUGGAUCUUGCUAUUGAAACUGCCGAUAAUGAGGGGGAGCACCUUGAUCAUUGCGAAUGAUCCUGAUGCCGACCGCUUUGCUGUAGCAGAGAAAGUGAAUGGCCAAUGGCAUACCUUGACCGGAAACCAUGUUGGUGUUCUUCUAGCAUCCCACAUCUUAGAUUCCUUCGAUGCUAGCAAAGAUUGGUCUCAUAUCGCGGUACUGACUACAACGGUCUCGAGCGGCAUGCUCGGAAAGAUGGCAGCUGCAAAGGGCAUCCACUUCCAAGAGACCCUGACAGGGUUCAAGUGGAUGGCCAAUGUUGCCCGUGACUUAGAAAAGGAGGGAAAGAAGAUCCCUUUCGCAUACGAGGAGGCACUGGGCUAUAUGUUCCCGUCAGUGUGCUAUGACAAAGACGGCAUUACCGCAGCUACAGUGUUCCUGGCAGCGGAGGCAAAGUGGAGAGCCCAGGGACUUACUGCGUACGCUAAGCUACAGCAGCUUUUCAGCGACUUCGGCCACCACGAGACGUUGAAUAACUAUUUCCGAUCUCCUAACCCGCAGCUCACCACGAAGUUGUUCCAAGGGAUUAGAGGCAGCCCUGGUCUAGCGAAUAUGCAAUUUGGUCGCUUCAAGAUCUUGCGAUGGAGAGAUUUGACCGAGGGCUAUGACUCUGGCACCCCGGAUAACAAGCCGGACUUGCCCGAAGAUCCAACAAGCCAGAUGCUCACAUUGUGGCUGGAGGGUGGCGUUCGCUUCACAUUCCGAGGUUCAGGCACAGAGCCCAAGGUCAAGUUUUACAUUGAGAGCUGUGGGGAUUCUCGCGAUGAUGCCGUGAAAGCAGUUUGCGAUGCUUUCCUAGCCAUCCGGGAAGAAUGGGUACAGAUGUAUACACCCUCGAUGACAUACAGCAAGCAGCUUCCCACAUCAUCUGGUCACAUCCUGGAUGUAGAAUGA